UAAGCAUCCAUCUGUUCAGUGAGAACGUUUUGUUUUUUGUAUCGAUAUCGUGCUUUUGCAGUAGUCGAUAGCGAUUGUAUACUUAGUGCAGCAUUGCCCGUCAAUUUUGUGCGUUUUGAUUUAGGGGAAAGAAAAUUUAAUCUGUGAAAUACACCUAAAUCCGUGUUCCUUUUAACUAAAAAAUCAUGAGCGCCUUUCCAGGAACGUUCGCGUUUGACGAAUAUGGCCGGCCUUUCAUUAUUUUGCGCGACCAGGAGCAGCAAAAGCGCAUCACAGGCACAGAUGCCAUCAAGACGCACAUUAUGGCGGCGCGCCAGAUUGCCUCAACGCUGAAGACAUCGCUGGGACCAAAAGGUCUGGACAAGAUAAUGGUCAGUCCCGAUGGCGAUGUGACGGUGACCAAUGAUGGUGCCACCAUUAUGAAGCUAAUGGAGGUGGAGCAUGAGAUCGCCAAACUGAUGGUGCAACUGUCGCAGUCGCAGGACGAUGAAAUUGGCGAUGGCACCACCGGUGUGGUUGUUCUGGCUGGCGCUUUGCUCGAGCAGGCGGAGGGUUUGAUCGAUCGCGGUAUUCAUCCCAUACGUAUUGCUGAUGGCUUCGAGCUGGCCGCACAGUGCGCCAUCAAGCAGCUAGACGCUAUUGCUGAACCGUUUCCCGUCGAUCCCAAAAACAAGGAGCCGCUCAUUCAGAUCGCCAUGACAACGCUGGGCAGUAAGAUUGUGAAUAAGUGUCAUCGUCAGAUGGCUGAAAUGGCUGUCGAUGCGGUGCUUAAUGUGGCAGACAUUGAAAAGAAGGAUGUCAACUUUGAACUCAUCAAAAUUGAGACCAAGGUGGGCGGACGCAUGGAGGACUCCAUGCUGGUCAAGGGCGUCAUUGUGGACAAGACCUUGAGCCAUUCGCAAAUGCCCAAGGAGCUGAAAAAUGUCAAGCUAGCCAUACUCACCUGCCCAUUUGAGCCGCCGAAGCCCAAGACCAAGCAUAAGCUCGAUGUUACCUCCGCGGAGGAUUACAGGGCGCUGCGCGAAUACGAGCAGGAGAAGUUUAAGCUUAUGGUCAAGCAGGUGAAGGAUGCUGGCGCCACUUUGGCCAUUUGCCAGUGGGGCUUCGACGAUGAGGCCAACCAUUUGCUGCUGCAGCAGGAGUUGCCCGCUGUGCGCUGGGUGGGUGGUCCAGAGAUUGAGCUGAUUGCCAUUGCAACUGGUGGUCGCAUUGUGCCACGUUUCGAGGAGCUGACACCCGAGAAACUGGGCUCCGCUGGCCUGGUCCGUGAGAUGGCUUUUGGCACGUCUAAGGACAAAAUGCUGGUCAUCGAGGAAUGCAAGAACUCCAAGGCUGUCACAAUUUUCUUGCGCGGUGGCAAUGCCAUGAUCAUUGCUGAGGCCAAGCGUUCCAUACACGAUGCCAUCUGUGUGGUGCGCUCGCUGGUAAAGGAUUCGCGUAUUGUUUAUGGUGGCGGUGCUGCCGAAAUCAGCUGCUCCCUGGCUGUGGCCAAGGAGGCCGAUCAGCUAUCUACACUGGAACAAUAUGCAUUCCGCGCCUUUUCUGUCGCCCUAGAGAGCAUACCUCUGGCUCUGGCGGAGAACAGCGGUCUGCAUCCGGUUGAAACACUGUCGGAGCUUAAGGCCAGUCAGGUGGCUGAGAAGAUGCCCAGUCUGGGCGUUGAUUGCAUGUUGACUGGCGAUUCGGACAUGAAGAAUCACAAUGUUGUCGAGUCUCUGCACUCGAAAAAGCAACAGAUUCUAUUGUCCACACAGCUGGUCAAGAUGAUACUCAAGAUCGAUGAUGUGCGCUCCAACAACAGCGGCAUGUAGAGGAGUCAUCCCAAACACACACAUCAGAACUCACACGCAUAUACACACACAACAAACAAACACACACACAAACACCACUUAGCUUUGCUUUGCUCUCGCUGCUUCAUACACAC